GGUAGGUUAAAAAGUCUGUUUUCGGUUUUAUACAGCAUCACAUUGUCCUUAUCUUAUUUUAUAUUAGAGAAGUGUCUUUCCACAAAUCGGUUGCGCACAUUUUUAUGUCGGUGUUUUGGUUUCCCUACACAUAAUUAAAUCUGUACUGUCGGCGAGGCUCGGAUUACAGCCUUUCUAAUCAGAUAUAAAAUAGGAUGACGGAAGAAACUGUGGUAGAGGAAAUCAAUUACGAGGAACAAUAUGGGUAUGUUAAUGAGAGUUCUGUUUAGUUCAGGUUAGUGUAUUUCAUCAACCUUUGUGAACCAAAUCCACAUCCUGGACAAUUCAUUGUGAUUACUAGACUAGUAAUCUCUUGUUGUGUAUCUCUCUCACACCACGCUUUGAUAUUUCCCAUGGAAGCUAAUUUUUCCUAGCUGUAUAUACAUUUGUGAUUAGACUUGUUUCUUACCGCCUUUUAGGGUGCUUGUCGAAGAGAAUAAAAAGUUGAAGAUUGAUAUUUCAAGUUUGCAGUUAAGCAAUCGAAGUCUUGUCAAUCAGAAUAGGGAUGAGAAAAAAAAGGUUAUGGAUUGUCGUUUGCAGAUUGCUGAUUUAGAAGGGCGUCUUAAGGCGUUCGAUGCCACAAAGCAGGAAUUAGCCGAUUCACAAGGACAAUGUGAACGUGUACGUAUGACAUUAGAAAGUUGUGAAGCUAAAUUAGCUGAUGCUGAAAGGCGUGCAGAUGAAGCAUCCGGUUUGAUAAAGAUCAAGGAUAGCAUUAUCGUGAAACAAAGCAAUUUCACAAAGGAGAUUGAAGAACGCUUGAGAAAUAUCACGGAGGAACGAGAUAAUUUGUUACAUAAAACCUCUAAUCUAGAGACGGAAUUAAAUAUAGCUAUUGUUAGAGGUGAAGAUGCUGAUGACUUAAAAGAACGAUUGAAGGCGUUACAGGAACUUUUUGAUAAUCUGGUUAAUGACCGUUCCCAAACAACUAGUGAGAGUGGAUUAGCUGCUGCUAAUGAGUAUUUCAAAUCCGAACAGGCUAAAUCUGAAAACCGUAUCGCAGAACUUAAAGAAGUUAAAAGUGGAUUGGAGCAAAAGAUUGAAGAACUAUGUGGUGAUAAAAAGCAACUACAAAUACAGUUGGAACAACAACUAGAUGAAUAUGAGAAGCUGGGUGAGAAAUGCGCGACUCUGGAAGCACGUAUCAAGGAAAUGGCACAUUCUGAAAGAAGAUAUGGUGGUGGUAUGCUUGGCGGUCGUCUGAUUGGACCCACUUUACCUCCAUGGAUCGCUGAUGACAAAAAGCUGGAAAACGAUCUAGAACGACUUUCAAAGACUGAUCCUGCUACUCUGCGUGCAAAGGUCAUGGAACUAGAAAGCCAAGUCAACGAGCUUAAUCAACUUCUGACUUAUCGGGAAGACGUGAUUCUCCGUAUUCAUGAGGAAAUAUCGAAAAAGGCUUCAAAACUCGAAGCCGCCGAUGUUGAACGUUCAAGUCUUACAGCUCAAAUCAGUAUACUGAAACGCGAGUUGGCAACGGCUCGUGAAGACUUAGCUCGUCGAGGAGUAGGUCCUAUUGAAUUAGAAACUGAAAUUGAACGUUUACGAAGUAAACGAGAUAGAGAAUAUCAACGACGCAAGCGAACUGAAACCGACUUAGAGAACAUGGAAAAAGAAAACCAGGAGUUGAAACAAAGAAUCAAGAGACUAGAAGAAGCAGCGAUAGCUACUCCUCCUAAACCAAUAAUUCCUCAAAGUGAUCCUUCUGAUAGAAAUAAAAUCAUUGAGCUACAAGGCGCUGUUAAUCAACUUCGAAUGGACAAUGAAGCUAAGCGAUCGGAGCUUUUCGACCUGCGAUCACGAUUUGAUGCUAAAUCUGCACAGGUUGAUAAAAUGUCUGCCGAGUUUAAAACAAAAGAACGCCUUUGUUCCGAGCUCACAACUCAGCUUGCAAAUACUCGUGGCCAGCUGGAAAAUACUAUAAAAGAGCUGGAAUCAGUCCGAUGCAGAGCUGUGCGCGGUGGUGCGGAAGUUGAACGUUGGCAUUCAGACCUAACAAGUUUGCAAACUACCAAUAAAUUUCUUUCUUCACAGUUAAACGAUUUGAGAAAUAAAGUAAUUGCGAAAGACAAAAUGAUUGUCGAACUAGGCAAACGUUGUGAAAGUAUUCUAAAUAGUCAUCCUAUUCAAGCUCACGAAGAGCCACAUGUGAGCGUUAACGGAGAUGAAGGUGUGUGCUCUCGUUGUCAGGAGCGUCUGUUUACUGAAGACAAUCAACAGUCGAAUGAACUGGAUAUAAUUUCUCAGCUUAAAGCUAAACUGUCUUCAAUGGAGGAUCGUUGUAAAACCUUAAUGGCUGAAGCAGUUCAAACCCAACAGGCAAAUGAGAAUGUAAAAUCUCAGUUGGAGUCCGAACUUGCUAAUGCCCAACAGUCUGUACAAAAGUUGUCCGAAGAAGUUGCCCGAGAAAAAGAGACAGCAUACAAUUCAACCUCUCGCGUCCAAGAACUCACUGCUCAAGUAAAUAAGUUAGAAACAGACCUUUCUCAAACCAGAAUGCAACUAAUAGAAGCUCAGUCAGAUCAUCAAAAAGAAAACGAUAUCAAUGCAUCAGCUGCCUCACCUCCUGCCAAACGAACUAGGCGAAGUACUAAUGCUGUGAAUAAUGUCAAAGCGAAUUCAAAGAGUAAUCAGGAUCAUUCAUCCGGUGGGCGUCAUUGACAUACACACUACAAUGGUUCCAUUUAAUAUUCCACCUACAUUACCAACAUCCAGGGUUUCAUCCGAUUAAUUUAUGGUUUCAUUUCCAGUCAAAGAAAUCCCACAAGAAUCGAUUCUCUCCCGGAUAUCUUACUAGUUUUGUUAUGAGUUUUCAUUAUUUCUAAACUAUUCGUGUGUUAUUAUUAAUUUCUUCUCUUAACUCUGAUAUAUUCUACAUAUGUACACAUUAAGAACUUUUUAUCGAAGUUGCAUUUUCUCCGCUCUAUAUGCGGUCUUUUGUUUCUUUUUAUUUUAAAAAUAAAUGAUGGAAAUUUGUUACAUUUUUUGCCUUUUAAACAUAUUCGUAUAGUAGUAACGGUUAAUAUAUUGUUUGUUUAAUUUGAUGAUGCCUUUAAAAAGGGAAAUCAUGUACAAUAAAUCUGAUCUUAUUGUCUA